CCUCAGAUAUACAUAAAAUAUUGCAAUCGCAUUUAUUGUCAUGCGAAUGUCCUCUUCAAAUCGUAAUCUCAAUCAAAUCAAUCAAAAUUUAUAUUCAUCAAAAAUUUUUGUGAAGUCUUUAAUUAGUUAAAAUGCUCUUGCAUUUUGCAUUUCAAACGUUUUGUGUUCUGUUUAACUGUUUUCCUACAUUUCCUGAAGUGAAAGUGCAGCAGAAAAGUGGACAGACUUAUAGGACAAGCAGAGACAAUAGUCAUUCUUGGAACGAUCUCCCCCUUGAUGAAACAAGACCUCCCACAGCGUUCACAAAAAGUGGGUGGGUACAAGGUUAUUUCCAACAGACGAUUUUAGGAAGAAGGAUAGCGGCAUUUGAAACCAUUCCAUACGGACAACCCCCAGCUGGAGAAAUGAGAUUUCGGGAUCCGCUACCGAAUCAUCCAUGGCACGGAAUUUACAAAGCAACCAGAAAAUCCCCAGCAUGUCUUCAGCUAGAUUUUGGUCAACUGUUGAGACUGCAUGGACAAGAAGACUGCCUGUAUCUUUCAGUCUACACUCCAACUUUACCGACACCGGAUGACACCAAAGUAUCUGCAGGCCUACCAGUUAUAGUCUUCAUUCAUGGAGGCGGAUAUAUUUCCGGCAGAUCUUCAGAUUAUGGUCCUGCGUAUUUGCUAAAUCGUGACGUUAUUCUUGUCGCCAUAAAUUAUAGACUGGGCAUUCUCGGUUUCUUCAGUAGUGGGGACCAGCAUGCAGCAGGAAACUGGGGGAUGAAGGAUCAGUUGCUGGGGUUGAAGUGGGUUUCAUCAAAUAUAAAAUAUUUUGGUGGUGAUCCCGAUCGUGUCACCAUAAUGGGAGGCAGUGCGGGUGCUGCGUCUGUUGGUCUUCAUAUUGUUUCGAAGCGGAGCAGUGGACUGUUUCAAAGAGCAAUAUGCGAAUCCGGUUCAUCUUUGGCACAUUUUGCAGUACAAAAUGACACAUUUGCAAAUUCCAGAAUAACAGCUUCUGCUGUUGGAUGCCCAACAUCCUCAUCAGAAACUAUGAUGGCUUGUCUACGUACCACCAAUCCUAAUUGGAUUGUUGGCAGAUCAAUUGUAACUUGGGAACUACCUAUUCUUUCUCGUCUUCCCUUUGGUCCUGUGAUCGAAGGGCAAGGCGAAUCUUCUUUUUUGGAGGAAGCUCCUGAAGUAUCUUAUCGUCAUGGGAGGGUCAAAGCCAUACCCAUGAUAAUCGGUAUCACAAAGGAUGAAGGCUCUGUUUUUGCAGCAGGAAUGUACAUUACGCCUGGGAAUAUGCAACAAAUCAACAACAACUGGGAUACGUUAAUUCCUUAUGCGUUGGCAUUCGACAAAAGGACAAAUGACACGGUUGGAGUUUCUAGAAAGAUUCGACAAUUUUAUUUGAACGGGGAGAAAAUGACCUUUUGGAACAGAAAAGGGUGGAUUCAAAUGUUUGGCGAUCGAACAAUCACUGAAGGAGUUUAUGGCGCAAUGCAGCAUCAUCCAAUGGUGGCAGAAACGUAUGGCUAUAUUUUUAACUACGAAGGAACUACUUCCGUAGUGAACGUGAUUGGAUUGGAAACAAAAGAUUGGGGUGUAUCUCAUGCGGAUGAACUCAUUUACCUGUUGAACAGCACAACUGCCUUUGCCCCACUCACCGUUGAUACGAAAGAUUACAAAGUGUCGGAAUAUUUAAUUGAUAUGUGGACAAAUUUUGCAAGCAGCGGAAAACCGUAUUAUGAAAAUCACACUGGGAAAAAGUUAGAUAUCUGGCAGCCAAUACGGAAUAUUCAUGAUUUAAACAUACUAGAAAUUAACGAAACUCCUCGAAUGAUUAAAUUUCCAGAGGAUUUAUUAAAGAAUUUAAGGUUUUGGCAAAAGUUAAGACUAAAAGAUGAUAAUAGUUACUACUCGUCAUAAUAAUAGAACUUUUUUGUAACAGUAUUAUUGUUUGUUGUAUAAAAUAGGUAUCUAUACUCGUAAUUAAUGGUGGUACAUUUUUGUAAAUCUACAUUUGUAGAUAUAAAUCAAAUAUUAUUUUUCUUGUGCUAAAUCAUUACCGUAUUAUUACGCUACUUAAUUGCUUACGACUUUAUAAACUAUUAUUAGAU